AUGACUCCUCCUCCACCACCUAGCUCCCCCCUCCCAUCAUCCCACUCACUCACUCUCAACACCAUCAUCAAUCCAAUCCAAUCCAAUCCAAUCCAAUCCCUCAACCCAAUCUCAAUCCCAUCAUCCUAUCCAAAAAAUGCCCCCAAAAGCAGCCCCUACCUCCCCCUCCUAACAACCCACCUAACCUCCUCCCCCACCUCCACCUCCAUAACCCUCACCACGCUCUCCUGCCCCCCUCUCUCCCCAGCCCCCUUCCCCCGCUCCCGCACCGUCGAAUUCCGCGGCUUUUUUCCCACCCUAAACCUGCACCCCACGGCCAUCCAAUCCCUCAAAGACCAACACAUAGGCCUAAACCCCGAUAUCUACGAGUCGGAGAUGCUCGCCCUCACGACAGAUAAGCGGAUGGAGAAGGUCAAGGAAUUGGAGAGCUCGGGGGGUGUGGUUGAAGCGGUGUUUUGGUUGAGGGAGGUGGGGAAUAUGUGGAGAGUGAGGGGAAAGGCAUGUAUUAUUGGCGGGGAGGGGGAGAAGGAAGUGGAAGGGAGGGGGUUCGUUGAGAAAGGGUUGAGGAAGGUUAGGGAUGGAGAGGGGUGGAGUUGGGAGAGACAGGUUGAUAUGUAUUUUGCGAAUCAUUCGCCGGGGAUGAGAGGGACUUUUAAGAAUCCACCUCCUGGAACACCCAGGAAUCAGGAUCCCGGACAUCCGGAGUUGAAGCUGGGGCAGAAGGUGGAGGAUCUCAAGGAUAAGGUUGCGAGGGAGAAUUUCAGGGUCGUGGUGAUUCGGCCGGAGGAGGUUGAGAGGUUGGAUGUUAAUGAUCCUUCGAAUCCGAUUAGGACCAGGUGGACGGCUGUGAGGGAUGGGGAGGAGUGGGAGGAGGUGGAUUUGUGGCCUUGA